GACGUUUGUUUGACAGUUGAUGCGAAAAUUCGUUGAAGAUUUCCCGUUUGAAAGAAACUGUUGAACAAUCGUUUCUUUUACAGUUUUCACCGAUUAAUUUAUUAUUAUUAAGAAACAAAUAUGAAUAUUGAGGAACUGCAACGUAACAUCUUCUAUUCGGACAAAUAUUACGACGAUAAGUUCGAGUAUCGGCAUGUAGUUAUACCGAAAGAAAUGGUCAAAUAUGUACCGAAAACCCAUCUCAUGUCAGAGGAUGAAUGGAGAGGUAUUGGCAUUCAACAAAGUAAAGGUUGGAUACACUAUAUGAACCAUAAACCUGAGCCCCAUGUGUUACUGUUUAAACGACCCAUCACGGAACAGCCACCUCCGGAGGAACUAAUGAGAAUGUGAUUGUUUUUCCUAUUUGUUUGUACAUAGUUUUGUGGCAGGUACACUUUAUGCAUAAAGUCUCUCGCAUCAUUCCUAAAUUUCCACUUUGCUGCAAGUGUACCAGUCGCUGCUUUAAAAUAGGUAUUUUUGUUUACAUCUCUUUAUGGAAAUUGUUUAGUGUUGUAGGUUUUGCUAAUUUAGUUUCAUAUUUUGUCAUUAUUCCUUUUCUGCUGUUCCGUCUUUUUUUUUUUAUUGAUUUAAGGUUCUUUUUUUUAUCCAUUAAUAUACAUUAGUAAAAGUUAUAUUUUUAA